AUGAGGAUUCGAAGUGGCGGCCAUGAUUUCGAGGGCACAUCCUAUAAGUCUGAAGUUCCAUUCAUCAUGCUUGAUAUGAGAAAUCUCAAGUCAAUUAGCGUUGAUAUUGAAGGAAAUAGUGCUUGGGUUGAGUCUGGUGCAACAAUCGGCGAAUUGCAGUAUUCCAUUGCUGAGAAAAGUUUUGCUCAUGCCUUUCCUACUGGGAACUAUCUAGGCGUUGGUGACUUGGUGUUGGUGGACACUUCAGUGGUAUUGAAAAAAGUGCUGGAUAAUUGCAUCAGUAAAAACCAGACAGCUUUUGUGCCUGGAAGACAAAUUUUGGAUAACGCCUAUGACAAGGUGGAGUGGGGCUAUCUGAAGGCAAUGAUGAUCAAAAUGGGAUUCUGUAAAAAAUGGAUCAACUGGAUCAUGGAGUGCAUCACAACAACUACCUUCUCUUUCAAUAUAAAUGGGGAAGCAAGAGGAUAUGUGACACCUUCUAGGGGAAUUAGGCAAGGUGAUCCCUUAUCACCUUACCUAUUCUUACUAGUCUCAGAAGGCUUCUCCAAUCUUUUGGCUCAAGCUGAGAGGAACUAG